CACAAAAUUUGCACGCACGAGAAAAUACUUUUUGACUCCCGCGUUCGACUCUAGUGACCGUUGUCCAGCGACUCCAGCUAUCCCCAUCCGGCCAUCCCAGCUUGAAAUCUAGAGUCUAGGGCGACUCAUACACACGACUGACGACAAUGAGUAGUUACCGGAGUGGUUCAGGGAGGAGAUGUCUUCGACACCAAUCUCCACUCAAUAACAAGUGUGUUCUUGAAUUUUCUUCAGAGACGAGGCUUCUUAUCGAAUCGAUCAUUGCGUAUCUGGGGCGAUUAUUCAAAACAGAUCAGGUCCUCAGGUAAAUUUCUCUCUAAGUCCUUGCACCACGUUCCAUAACCCUUUCUUUUGGUAGUUGUUGAUUUCUCAUAUUACAUGUUCGAUGUUUUUCCUCUAAGGCAUUAUACUUUGAUCAAGUACUGAAGAUGAUGACUCUUGUUUCGGCCUUUUCUCGCAACUCCUUUAUCGGAUGUCAAACUAGUUCCUGCAAAAUUUUCAGUGAUGUUUUACUCUACAUUUUACCUAAAGGUUUUAACUAAUAAUUUGACCAUUCAAAUUUACCACUCUAAUCGAGAACCCGGCAACAUUUCAUUGUGGAUGAUUUCUGAAUCAAUGCCAAUGAGGCUGUACAGAAGAAUGAGUGGGUCUCUCGAUUUAUGUGGGAAAGCAAAGGGUAAGUUUGAAUUGCAUGUCCCUCCUUUUGCCUCAAUGGCUCGAUGCGGUGGAUCUAUUUCUCUACAAGAACCAAGAUCAAUCCGUUCUUCCACGAUAAGGACAUCCGAGAGCUGGCAUGCUCUUCAUUUGCUUGUGGUAGCUGAUAAGUUUGGUAAUGAAAUUCUUGAGAAAGAUGUGGUUUCUUGGACCUCAAUGAUAUCGAUGAAGGCGCGACAGGGGUUCAUUGACUUGGCAUUAUCUUACUUCUUGCGGAUGAGGAGACUUGGGAUUGAUCCCAAUGAGACGACAUAUUCUACAACAAUUGGAGUAUGUUGCCAAUUGAGGAGGAUUGAUGUUGGAAUGAGCAUGCACUGUUUGAUUUUGAAGAAAGGGUUCUUGACACAACUAUUUGUUGCUAGUGGCUUGGUCACUAUGUAUUCCAAAUGUGGUUAUGUUGAAGAAGCACGUCAGAUAUUUGAUAGGAUGCUCUACAGGGAUGCAGUCACAUGGAACUCUAUGAUUGCUGCGUGCUCGCAGAAUUUCUUAAAUUGGGAAGCCAUUUGUUUGUUCCGCUCUAUGCUAAAAAGUGGAAAUGAUGGGAAGCUGUUGGUUAAUAAUUUUACAUUUGCCAGCGUUUUCAGGGCUUGUGCUGGUCUGGAAUGCAAUAGGAUGGGAAAAUCUUUGCAUGGUUAUGCAAUUAAAUUGGGGUUUAGUACAGAUGUUUUUGUUGGUGGAUCCAUAAUUGAUAUGUAUUCAAAGAGUGGUAGUUUAGAUAUAGGCCAAUGUGUCUUUAAUCAGAUGGGAAAAAGAGAUCUUGUAGCAUGGAACACCAUGAUUACUGCUUACUCUCAAAAUUAUAAUGGAGAAGAGGCUAUUGCAUUAUUUUAUCAGAUGCAAUCUGAAGGCUUUCUUCCUAAUGAGACUACAUUUUCUUGUGUUAUCAAAGCUUCAUCUAUGAUGUCAGACAUUGCCAUUGGCCGAUGCUUCCAUGCUAAAACUCUGAUGCGUGGUUAUUCAUCAGAUGUGUUCGUGGGGACUGCACUUGUUGAUAUGUAUUCAAAAUAUUUUGCUAUGGAAGAUGCCGAGGAAGUUUUUGGUGACAUGAAUAGGAGUGUUGUAUCCUUUAAUGCACUUAUCACAGGUUACAGUUUGUCUGGAAGGUACGAGGAAGCCUUAAGAGCUUAUGUGGGCUUGUGUACUGAAGACAUGAAACCUGACUUCUUUACUUUCACAGGACUAUUCUCCUCAUGCUCUGUAUUGGGUGCUUUGCAUGAAGGGGCUCAAGUUCAUGCUCACUCGGUCAAAUUUGGUCUGGAUUCAAAUGUCACUGUUGGGAACUCUCUAAUGAACUUCUAUGCUAAAUGUGGCAUUAUGGAUGGUGCAUUAAAGGCUUUCGAAUUUAUAACUACGCCAAAUUCCAUAUCCUGGGCGGGAAUAAUCUCAGGCUUUGCACAAAAUGGUGAGGGAGAGAAGGCGUUCGAGUAUUUCUGCAAAAUGCACAGGUUGUCAGAGGAACCAGAUGAAUUUGCCUUCUCAAGCAUUCUUGCAACACUUGCCAACUGGGCUGCCACUGAACAAGGAAGGCACUUGCAUGGCUACAUGAUAAAGACAGGACUUGGGUCCACUUUGUUAGUAGGUAGUGCACUGGUUGACAUGUACUCUAAAAGUGGGAUAGCUGAAGAUUCAUUUAAGGUGUUCUGUGAGAUGCCAGAGAAAAAUGUAGUCUCUUGGAAUUCAAUGAUAAUUGGAUAUGCUCAAAAUGGGUUCAGUGACAAGGCUCUUCUCCUGUUCCAAGAAAUGAGGGAUACCGGUGUGAUCCCAACAUGCAUUACCUUUGUUGGGGUUCUCUCCGCGUGUAGCCAUGCAGGUUUAAUUGAAGAAGGAAUAAACUGUUACAACUUAAUGGUUUAUGAGUAUAGGAUUCUGCCCUCAGUAGAACACUGCACAUGUAUGGUUGACCUCCUUGGACGUGCGGGAUAUCUCAAUGAGGCAGAAACAUUUAUUUACAAAUCUCCAUUUCCACAGGAACCUGGGAUGUGGAGGACCCUCCUUGCAGCUUGCGGAGUUCACAAAAAUUCUGAUGUUGGUGUUCGAGCUUCACAGCACUGCUUGUGGUUGGAGCCUCAAGAUUCUUUCACAUAUGUCAUCUUAUCUAACAUUUAUGCAUCCAAACAGUUAUGGUGUGAGGUCACUAGAAUAAGAGAUAUGAUGAAGGAUAUGUGUGUGGAGAAGGAGCCAGGAUGCAGCUGGAUCGAGAAUGAUGGGUUUAUUCCGGGAGCAAGAGUGUUUCCAACAUAAGUAGCUCAUAUUUAUUUGUAUUGAUCAUCUUUCUUCGUCAAGAGAAACUGUUUCUUCCUACAAUUGAUGGAGCAAUUCUACUGGUUUGUAGCUGCAAAGCGUAUUGAAAGAUUGAAUAUCUUGUGACCGCAUGAAAUUAUUCAACUCUUUCGUUUGCUUGAUCUGUUCAUUCUGUGCUAUAAGCAAGUCUUUGCAAAGUACAAAUGUUAAAGACACUCCUGAGUGUAAAGUAUCAUACAGUUAGGGAUGCCUUUGAACGUGUUGGUGGCAAUGGAAAGGACUCUUGUGAUAAAAGUUAAGAAAGACGAUCAAUAUUUAUUAGAAGGUUUAAGAAAUUCAUACAACAUUCUGGAGCUUUAAAGAAAGCCCAAAAGUCUGAAUCGGAUUUAUAUUCAGAAGAAAGUUUUUUCCCCAUGGGGAUGAUUAGUGUUGUUUUGAUAUUUUCAUUGGGGUAAACACAGUGGCCCCGAUUUUCCAAUCCUUUCUCAAAUGGCUUGUGAUAUCUUGGCAGUUCUAGCAUCUACUGUUGAUUCAGAAUCUGCCUUUUAGUGUUGGAGAAUGGAGAUAGGUUAAUUACUGAGUAUUGCCUGUUGUUACUUCCAGAGAUUGUGGAAGAUUCAAUUUUCUUGAGGGACUGGCUAAUAUCAUAUAAAUCUGCUAAAUUGUGUAAUGGUAAAUUUGCUCCAUUAUGAUCUAGUGGUCACGGGUUGGAGUCAAGAAACAACCUUUCCAUGAAGCGGGGUUAAAUCUGUGUACAUUAUGACCCUCCCUAGACCCCGCAGUAGUGGGAGCAUUGUGCACUGGGUACGCCCUUUUUUUCUUUCACAUAACAUAUCAGCUACCACUGUGGAUGCAUGACUGUCAGGUGUUUGUUAUAGAUGUUAGUUCUACUCCAGGUAACCUUCGAUCUCCAUCUUACUCUCUUGCAUGCUGCAGAAAUAUUGCAAGGCUAUUUUCUCCUUCCUUACUGUUAAACUAUUAUUGUUAGCUUUUCCUUUGUUGAGUUGCUAUGAUUUUUAAUAUUUUAAAACCCGUUCAUUUUGGAUCUAGUUCAAAACUCUGUCUGGUUUCCAAGAGUCUCAAUACACCCUUGAUGAUUAUGAAAAAUAUGAUUUCUGCUUCUCCAUUUCAGCUUGAGUUCUGGAUAAAUCCCACUGUCCAAACCCAUGGUCAGACCAUAAAGUAUUGGAUAAUUUUUCUCUAUUUUUCCCCCUUUCUUUUAAUUGUUGGGGGAGCAAAUUCUCUAUUUUUCCCCCUUUCUUUUAAUUGUUGGGGGAGCCAUUGUAGUCGCAGAAAUGAGAAAUAUUGGGGCCAGAAAUUUUUCCAAUCAAUGAAGCGUUGGGGCUUGAACUGCCUUUACAAAAUUUUCAGAAUUACCCAUAUUUGGAGGUAGUGGUAUUUAAUCUAUGGUCUCUUCUUAAAUUCCUCUAGUCAUUAUUUUUUGUUUUUGUCACUGCAAGGUUUUUUGUUUUUAGAGAUGAUCUUAUCAUCCUUUAGGAAAUCAAAGAAAGUGAAGUCAUUUUUGCAAUGGGGAAGCAUGCUCCAGUCAUUAUGCCAUGAAACGAAGAAUCAAGGAAGUAACUUCUAAAUGCUGGGCAUGCCCCUUUGGAAUUAAAGUAGUUGUUGGAUACAACAAUGGAGAAAUUUUCCUGUGUGAACUGAUAAAGACCUUCUGCUGCUCAAAAUGUUACUAUUUGUGAACUCAAUCUUGGUUGUAAGAUGGACCAAAUCCCCAUAGUUUCAUUGGUCUUAUGCAGAUGGAAAGGCUAGUCAAUUCUGUGCUAAUGGUUCAUAUAGUUCCGUUACUACAUUAUAUUGUUCUAAACGAUUGUAUGCUUCAGAUAUGAUUUAUGGAGAUGCUGAUUGCCAUUUUAUAUUUUUCUAGAUAAAAUCGACAUUCCACGAAUUGGGCUUGCUUCAUAAACAUAAGUUUUUCAUGACGAUUGAUUUCAUUGCCAUCCAUCUAUUAUUUUUACCAUUGGUCUUGUUUUCUCAAAAAUCUUGGAUCAUCAGAUCAUGACUCCAUCAGUGUCGAUGGUUAGCCUAUCAAGGUUUUCUCAAACUGGAGGAUCCUCUCCAGUUAACAUUGGCAGAUAUCAAUUCCUUGUCUUUCUCUUUACAGCGACAAAACUUCCCUCGUUAGUUUCAGUACCUUUUACACUUAUCCUGAUUGGUUUAUUAACCAAUUAGUUUCUUAAACCAAUUCUACAAAUAGUCAUAACAGCUAGAGAGAUUUCUUUUCUGUCCUUUUCUUUGGUGCAUAUUGAAUAAUUUAAUUGUGAAUUACAGGGAACGUGAGUGUUUGUAGAUGGACCAGGUGCUGGAAAGCACAUACAAGCUGGUGCUAAGAAGGUUAUUUAACAACGCCAGCCAAAAAAAAAAAUGUGGAAUUAACCAGUCUUAAGCUCUCUGAAUAUGCUAUUUGAUUUCAUCUUUCAUCAUUAGUGAAUGAGGAAAUAUUAUACAUUCAACACUUGGGGGGGGGGGGGAUGCAGUUGCACAUGCUUUUUGCUGCAUUUGACAACGGGCUCCAUAGAGCUCAACUUCAGUCAGUGUAUGGUAGGGAAUUUUGGGCUGUUUGUGUGAGUGAACAUCCUUAGAAAUUGCCAUGUUAUAGAAUUAUUGCUUAUUUUGGGCCAGUGGGUGAUGAAAACUUUGUUUUGGCUGAACGUAAGGUCCUUUUCUCUUCGGACUUGGGCUCAUUCGCAUUGAAGGAAUUUAGGCGGCUUUUUGUGGAGUAUGACACUGCUAUGUCAUUGGAUGAAUGAGAGAAUCAAGGAGGCCUUGUGCAUUAUCAGGUGCAUGAGAGAUUACAUAAUGCUCAAAUUCGAAGUGGAGCUCCAUUUGGUGCUCUGUUUGGUUCUGCUCUUUCUGUUGGCAUCAUAUAAAAAAGGAGAGUAUCUUUUGAAGCAAUUAAGCACGAGAGAGAAUGUAAUGCAGGUUUCUAUCCCCUUUUGGAUAGUCAGCAGCCACUGUUGCUCAGCAGCUAAUGCUGUCUGCUCAAUGGAGGUAAACGGACAUUAAAAUAAUGUGACUGGUGUGUGGUAGUUGAUGCAUGGACUAAUCAUCUUUCUUUUUAAUAUGAUUCCUAGCAUUAACUAGUGGCUGUGGACGUAUCUUGUAAUUCAACUUCAGUUUGCCAUGCCAAACAUUACUGACCAUUCAGCGACUUACUGUGGCAGUGGUAUUGGCUUAUGGCUUUGAAAAGCCAAAUUAGCAGUGAAGAUAUUCUGUUAGGAUAUGGAGAUGGAAUGGCUAUUUAAUUCAGGCAUUUCAUGGGGCACAUUGUUUUAUGAAAUUGUUUUUUGGUGUCUACAUCUUUAAGUCCAUGUGUUUCUCAACUUACAGAUGGCUCAUUAAUGCAACAACAACGGCAACCAUAACCUUAUCCCAACUUGAAUUCUGAGUUAUUUUAACUCAGAAAUGGAUCAUUAGAAAUGGCUCAUUAAUGCUCUAACAGAUUCUGAGUUAUUCUAUGUCAUUUAUAAGUGCACAAUCUUAGGAUAAGAAUCCAGCUUAUGUUUGUGUAAUUGGUAUUAUUGGUUCUCUAGGACACUUUGUACCCAUGUUUUACUGUUAUUGGCGUGGAUAUUUGUU